AUGGUGAGCAACACCACAUGUAUUCCUAGAAAACCGUGCAGCAUUUACCCAAGUAACCCAGUUACUCAGUCUGUCGGAAAUGGUGAGCUCGCGAUAGAUCUAGUGACAGUUAAAUCUAACCCUGACAGCAACGGGGUGCCGGUUGUUUCACCUCACCGGUAUGCAUUUGGGUGUGCAACUACAAGUAAUUUCUUAAGUGGACUUUUUGAAGGUGCUGAAGGAGUUGCUGGUCUUGGGCGUUCAUCUUAUCUUUCUCUAGUUACACAGUUUGCAAUUAAUUAUCGAUUGCCUCGCAUAUUUGCUCUUGAAUUAUCAGGAGGGUUUAGCAAUAACGUUUACUUUGGGGGUGGUCCUUACAUUCAUCCUGACUUUUCUUCAGAGAGUAAUAUAAAUAGAGUUUUAGAAUACACCCCUCUUUUGAUUAACCCAAAAUCUAGCGAAGAUUACUUCGUCGAUUUAAAGUCGAUGCAGAUACAUGGUAAAACUGUACCGAUUGACACAAAGUUCCUGUCUAUCAACAAGGUAACUGGAAUUGGAGGAACAAAAAUCGACAUUCAAACUCCAUAUACUACUCUGGAGACAUCAAUCUACAACGCGGUUAUUAAGGUUUACACUGAAUGGGCUAAAAGUGAGAAUAUUACUGUAGUUGCUGCUGUUUCUCCGUUUACCUCCUGUUAUAAGUCGUCCACUCUGCCUUCUUGGCUAGAGAGUGGAUUUCCUAUAUCACCACCAAGUCUUUCUUUUGUCUUUCCUAAGAAUCAAUGGAAUGUUGCUUGGUGGGAUCUGUUUAAAGUGAAUGAUGCUGUCCAUUGUGUGGCCUUUGUUGAUGGAGGUUUAAAGCCUUUGACUUCCAUUGUUAUCGGUGCUGCUCAGAUAGGUUUCUUAGAGUUUGAUAUUUCAAGAUCAAGAUUAGGAUUCAUGCAACCAAAUUAUAUGUCCGGGUUCUAG